AUGUUGACGGAUUGUGUUGAGAUCUACAGCGGCUACGUCCCGUCCGGUCCUGUCAGUCGCUCAUCUUUUUAGUCGGUUUCGUUUACAAUGGCGUUUUCUAAAGAAUGGAGUCCGUGUUCAGCCUCAUCUCAUUAACUGUUACUAAGGUUUUACAAUUGUCAGGGUUCACUGACAGCAGGGAUGUCCUGAGGACAAGAAAGAUGGAAGAGAAAGCGUUGGAAGUGUACGAUGUCAUUCGAACAAUCAGAGACCCAGAGAAGCCCAACACCCUGGAGGAGUUGGAGGUUGUGACGGAACAAUGUGUGGAGGUCCAGGAACUUGGAGACGAUGAGUUCCUCAUUAUAAUCCGGUUCUCUCCAACCGUCCCUCACUGCUCUUUGGCUACACUCAUUGGUUUGUGCUUACAAGUGAAGCUCCAGCGAUGCUUGCCAUUUAAACACAAGUUGGAAAUUUACAUUUCAGAAGGAACCCAUUCUACAGAGGAAGAUAUUAAUAAACAGAUCAACGAUAAGGAGCGGGUGGCAGCCGCCAUGGAAAACCCCAACCUGAGAGAGAUUGUGGAGCAGUGUGUCACUGAACCUGAUGACUGAAGGGCCCAAUGCUACAUCAAUAACUUUUUUAAGUGCGUGUGCAUGAGUGAACACAUGGAGGAGGUUGGAUGCUGGAAUCAAGUCCAGCCUUUAAAGACAGCAGCACCAGUUGUUGCUGGUGAACAGCCUGGUGUUCCAGAAGAAGGUGAAUAAAGGAAGAAGAGAACACACCUCCUGCUCUACUUUUAUCUCUCAACUUUCUCUCCAUCAUUCCUGCUGUUCACCAUUCAUGUUUAAUCAGAACAGAAUAAAAAUGGCUGUUUUUCAUUGCAUUGACUCCUAUUAGAUCUUUUGUAAUUCCUCAGGUGAUUACCUCUAAUUUGAUUUCAGAGUCUGGAUGUUUAGGAUGGGGUUUUAUAAACAGAAAUGAAAUGCAAAUAAACUCAGAAUAAAAUAAUCAGGUUUGAAUAUAA